AAAUGAUCAGGGGGCACCUCCCUUAUCCAAACAAAUAUCUGAAGGAACUUUCUCUCUUUCUCUUUCCUAUCUAUUUAACUAUAAUUAAUUUGUUUCUAUGCUUUUCUAGCUUAUACAAUUCAAUCCACUAUCCUCACCAACUAGUAUAAAUAAGAGGUGAUGAAAUCUCAAGGUUCACCAGGGCAAAACAAAACCUUUGCUAACAAUCAGCUUCCCACACUUGAAUAUUUUUCAGCUUCAUAUUCUCCCUAAUUCAGCUAAGGGAACUUUGCAGUAAUGGAUAGAGUUAAGGACUUGGCAUCAAAGAAGGCUGCUGUUAUAUUCACCAAGAGUUCAUGCUGCAUGUGUCACAGCAUCAAACAACUUUUCUAUGAGCUUGGAGCAAGCCCAGCAGUUCAUGAGCUUGACAAUGAUUCCUAUGGGAGGGAAAUGGAGUGGGCCUUAAGGGGUAUGGGCUGCAACCCUUCAGUCCCAGCAGUGUUCAUAGGUGGAAAAUUUGUGGGCUCAUCCAAAGAUAUCAUAUCCCUCCAUGUUGAUGGCUCUCUCAAACAACUGCUCAUGGAUGCAAGGGCCAUCUGGUUUUAGUUUUAAAGUCUGUUUAAAUACAAGUUUAGAAGAACUUUUUAGAACUUUUCUACAAAAAAUAAAGAAUUCUUUUUGUAGAGAGAUUUUUUAAAGUACUUCUAACAUGUAUCUAAACAAGUUCUUAGUUACACUAAAGAGUUCCAUAUACUGAAGUGAUAUAGAGGAACUCUAAUAUGCUAUUUGCAGACAGUGUUUGAUCAAUCAGGGACACUCUUGCUUUUUCUUCGGUGUCCUCUUUGAAUUGUACCAAAAGAAGUCUGUAUAAAAAAAUAGUUUUUUUUUGUUUUGGGUAUUUUCUAAAAGGUUAACUCUAUGUCUACUAAGUUGCAUGAAAUUUGAUCAUGCGGGAGAAAGUGGAUUAUCUAUGGUUAAUGCAAACUAUAAAGUUUCUUG